UCUGGGGGCGAGGCCAACCGCAGUGAGGGACCAGGGUGGGGCUGGCCCACGUAGCCUCUGGGUUUUGGGAAAUCAGCACACAGCCCAUUAAGCCUUUGGAAGCCGGUCGAGGCGAAGCGGACAGACCGCGGCAGGCGGCGGGGCGCGCGAGCGGGAUGUACUUCUGCUGGGGCAACGGGGGGCAGCUGCGCCGAGUACCGACGGGCGCGGGCGGCGCCGAGGUGCGGCAAGCGGCCUGCGGGGAGCGCCACUCGCUGCUGCUGCUGAGCGAUGGCACCGUUCACUCGUGUGGGGACAACACUCAGGGCCAGCUGGGCCGGAGGGGAAAGCCGCGCGAGGAGCGGCCAGGACUAAUUAAGGCACUGGAAACUCUACUCGUUGGUCUCGUGAGCUGUGGAAAGGAACAUUCCCUGGCUGUCUGUCACAAAGGGAGGGUGUUCGCAUGGGGAGCUGGUUCUGAAGGACAGCUGGGGAUUGAAGAAUGUAAGGAAAAAAUUUUUACACCUAAGAAGAUAAAAACCCUGACUGGUAUAAAAAUAAUACAAGUUUCCUGUGGACACUACCAUUCCUUGGCAUUAUCAGAAGAUGGCCAAGUGUAUUCAUGGGGAAAGAAUAGCCAAGGUCAGCUGGGCUUGGGGAAGGAGUUCCCCUCCCAAGCCAGCCCACAGAGGGUGAGGUCCCUGGAGGGGAUCCCUCUGGCUCAGGUUGCUGCAGGAGGAGCCCACAGCUUUGCCCUGUCUCUCUCUGGUACUUCAUUUGGCUGGGGAAGCAACAACACAGGGCAGCUGGCCCUCAGUGGAAAUAAUACCCCAGUACAAAGAUACAAGCCUCAUUCAAUUGGUGCACUGAAGAGUCUAGAUGUGAUUUAUAUCAGCUGUGGUUAUGAACAUACUGCAGUGCUUACCCAGAAUGGAAAAGUGUUCACAUUUGGAGACAAUAGCUGUGGACAGCUGGGAUACAACCCCACUGCUAAAAAGAGAGGUCCACAACAGGUAGAAGGAAUUGAUGGUCUAGUUUCACAGAUAGAUUGUGGAAGUUAUCACACCCUUGCAUAUGUCUACACCACUGGUGAGGUGGUGUCUUUUGGUCGUGGACGAAAUUGUGCAAGCAGCCCAACCCAUUCAGAGGCCCAGAUGGAGAACUUUGACAUGAGCUGCCUGAUUUCUGCUAAUGAUCUUGUGGAUGUUCAAGUCAAACACAUUUUUGCUGGCACGUAUGUCAACGUUGUGACAACAUAUCAGGAAACCAGUUCCACAAAUGUUUCCAAGAAGACCUUGCCAGAAAUAAGCCGAAUUAACCAGCCCCUCAUGGAACAAUGGAUGGCAGUGACAAAUGGAAAUACUCAACAUGAAUUAGCUAAGAGUGAAAUUAGAGUGAUAUUUUCAUCUCCUGCUUGUCUGACUGCAAGCUUUUUAAAGAAAAGAGAAUCUGGAAAAACAAAUUCCAUUGAUGUGGACUUACAAGUGGCAAGAGAUACCUUCGAGAAGUUAACAAAAAAGAAGUGGAUUUCUUUGAUGAUAACUACAUAUCUCAAGGAUAAUCUGCUCAGAGCUCUUCCAUAUCGUUCUCUACACCAAGAAGCGUUAUCAAUUUUCCUUCUGCUUCCACAAUGUCCUGUGAUGCAUGAUUCUGGAAACUGGAAAAUGGUGGUUCUGUUUGCAGAGGCUGUUUGUAAAAUGAGUGACCAGUCUUUAGGAGUCCUGAAGAAGUGUUGGGCAUCUUUGCAAGAAUCUUCUCUUAGUGCACUGGUCCAGAUGCUUAAAACUGCUGUCAUUGCUCAGCUGAAUUAUUGGAAUAGAACUGAAUGGGAUAAUCGCAAUGUUAUAGCUCUUCUAAGAACCAUGAAAGAAGUGCAUAAGGCUAAUAAAACUAACAGUCAACUACCAGAAAAUGCUUUCAACAUAAAUGAACUCUCCAAUUGGUUGAACUUUCAUGGAAAAAGAAAACUAGUGCUCUUUAAGGAUAAUAACAUGAUAACUGAAGAAAAAUAUAUUUUCAGUGAAUUUCCAUUUAUCUUUAAUUUACUAUCCAAAAUUAAAUUAUGGCAAGCUGAUUCUUAUUUAAAAAUGCAGGGGCGAAAAAUGAACGGGCAAAUGAUUCUACCAAAAGAGAAUGAAUUCCCUCCAUUACCCAUAUUUACACUUAGAGUCAGGCGAACCCACCUAACUGAAGAUGCUCUGCGUCAGUUAAGCCAAGCUGAAGUCACUGACCUCCAGAAACCAUUAGUGAUUGAAUUUAUUAAAGAAAUUCGUUCUGAGGGUGUAGGGGUAAAGUCUGAGUUCUUCCACUGUAUAUUUGAAGAGAUGACAAAGACAGAAUAUGGAAUGUUCAUAUAUCCUGAAGAAGGUUCCUACAUGUGGAUUCCUGUCAGUCCUAAAUUUGAGAAGAAGAGAUAUUUCCUCUUUGGAAUGUUGUGUGGACUCUCCCUAUACAAUUCAAAUGUUGCCAAUCUUCCUUUCCCACUGGCUCUGUUUAAGAAACUUCUGGGUCAACAGCCAUCAUUGGAAGAUUUAAAAGAACUCAGUCCUCUUUUGGGGAGGAAUUUGCAAGAAGUUCUAAAUGAUGAAGCUGAUGACAUUGGAGAAGAACUUUACAUACAUUUUUCUCUACAUUGGGACCACAAUGAUGUUGAUUUAAUUCCAAAUGGGAGCUCUAUACUUGUGGACCAAACCAACAAGAAAGACUAUGUUUCUAAGUGUGUUGAUUACAUUUUCAAUACUUCCGUAAAGGCAAUUUACGAAGAAUUUCAGAGAGGAUUUUAUAAAAUCUGUGACAAGGAGGUACUUAGAUUUUUCAAGCCUGAAGAACUAAUGACAGUAAUAGUUGGAAAUACUGAUUAUGACUGGGAACAAUUUGAAAAGAAUUCAAAUUAUGAUCAAGGAUACCAUAAAUCACAUCCUACUAUACUGAUGUUUUGGAAAGCUUUCCACAAAUUAACUUUGGAUGAAAAGAGAAAAUUCCUCUUUUUUCUUACAGGAAAUGAUAGGCAGACUGUAAAAGGAUUACGGGAAAUAAAAAUCACAUUUCGCUGUCCUGAAACUUUCAGUGAAAGAGAUUGCCCAAGAUCACUUGUAUGUCAUGGUAUUCUGGACCUCCCUAAAUAUUCUACAAUGGAAAGAAUGGAGGAAGCGCUUCAAAUAGCCAUCAACAGCAGCAGAGGAUUUGUCUCACCCAUGGUCACAGAGUAAUAGUGACCUCUGAGAGUCUCAGUGAGGCCUCAGAUUCUCAGGUCCUCACUCUUCGAUUCUAAUAUACUUCUUUAGGUCUAAUUAGUAUAAAGGGUUGAUAGAUUUUAAUUAGGAUUAGUUGAUAAAUGUUGAGAUAAACAAUAAAGUGAUGAAUCAAGAUAAUAUUUUUAAUGAAUCAAAAUUUCCUGAUCCCUAAACAUGCUAUUAGAAUAUUUACUUUUUAUUGAAUUAGUUCCUGAACAAUUACCAUUUAAAAAUAAGCUAACAGAUAUUUAAAAAAAUAUUGUGCUUCUAAUAAACACUGCCUGCAAAUAUUAAAGUUUGAAAAAAUAAAAUAUAAACAAUUCAACAUGAUUUUGAGGCAUGUAGAGUAUAUUUUAUAUUGUGGAAUGUCUCUAGAGUUUUGAUUUUAGCCUGAAUAAUUUAUUUGCUGAAUAAUUUAUUUGAAAAAUCUAAAUGUUAAGGGAUUCAUUAAUUCAUUGAAUAAUUACUUAUACUCAAUACGGUGUUCUAAGAAUCAUUCUAAAUGUAGAUAUCAUUAUUUUGGUUCAAUGUUGAGCCCAACUAGGAACUCUUGUCUAAUUAUAAUUGGGGAAAUGUUAAGAACCUGAAAUAUGUUUCAGCCAUCAUGGCUAUAGAAUUAAUUAAAGAAGAGAUAAUAUUUUGUUGAAUAUGUUUGAUAUUUUAUAUAUGUAUGGUUGGAAAUGGCCAAUGACUUUUGUGGACCAGUUCUAUCUGAUAUUAAAAUUUAAACUGUAAGCUAUUCUA